CCCCUAUUUCCCAUCAGCCCCUGCUCAGGGGGCGGGGCCUGGAAAGCUGCACCUGCCACUGUUCAGUUGGCCGUGAGCGCCACCCACUGGCUCGGAGGGUCCCCCUCGCUGUCCCGCGUGGGAACUACCGGCGAAACUUCCGAGCCCCAGAGGACCCCUGGUCUUUGGGGGUGAAUAACCUGCUUGUUUUUACACCACCUCUCCCGCUGAGGCCUCUCUGUGCCUCCGGAACUGGCGUCCAGGCAUCCGAAGAGCCCAGACGGGACUCCGCUCAGGACGCCCGCUGUUCCUGCAGCCGCAGGAGCCCCAACAGCCUCAGGCGCGAGCCGUCCGGAGUGUCCGUUACCGCCGCCGCUCGCGCCGCGCGGGGACGCGGUCGCAGCCCGACGGCCCAAGUCCAGGGAUUUUGUAAGCUGCUUUGUAGGUUUUCCUAAGCCUCUGGUUGCCGCGGUCAAGGGUCCAGCGGUGGGAAUCUCCAGCACUCUUCUCGGGUUAUUUGAUAUCCUUUAUAUGUCGGACAGGGUGUGAUUUCUCCACAUACUGUGUCCUAAGGAAUCAGAAGGAGAGAGAGGAAGAAAUGGCAGGUUGUCAGGAACUGUUGACCUUCAGAGAUGUGUCCAUAGAGUUCUCCCAGGAGGAGUGGGAAUGCCUGGACCCGGCGCAGCGGGAACUAUACUGGGAUGUGAUGUUGGAGAACUACAGCAACCUGGUCUUCUUGGCUACUUUGUCUCAUGACAUCUGUGUCUCAUUGCCACAGUCAGGCACAGGUUAUUUAUUACAUAAAGAGUUACUAGGAAGACAUGGAAGGAGGGAUCUUGGGAAUUUACACCAACUAAGAGACUGGGAUUGUGACGGUCAGAGUGCUUGCCAUGAAGUUGGUCACAACCCAACUGGAACACUCACCCAUAAGAAUUUCCUUUCUGUCAAAAGAACUCAAAUAUGUAAGUUCCAUUGGGAACCCCACUUGGAGUCAGAUACUUUUGUAGAACCAUGUGCAACUGAAAGCAAAGACCCACUGGAAUUUUUCAGCCAUACACAUACCCUGAAUGGAAAAUUUAAACAUCUGGAAAGUCACUUGGUUUCUACUGCAUAUAAUCAUUCAAACAGUUUAGAAUGUAGAAUGGGAUUCACCUUUAAUCCAAAUACUUCUGAAAACCACAGAUAUGAAAAUGAUGAUCAAGUUUUGAAAUAUAAUCAAAUUGAGAUGUGUUCAGAACUUACUCAUCAUCAGAGCAUGCAUACUGGAGAGAGAUCUCUCAACUGCCAAGAAGGGGGCGAUGUCUUUAACUGGCGCUCCAGCCUCCCUGGAUAUCAGGCAAUAACUUCUGCAGAGAUGCGGUACCAAUGCAAACACUGUGGUAAGAGCUUUCAUUGGCAUUCAAGGCUUACUGCACAUCUGUACAUUCACACUGGAGAAAAACCUUACAUAUGUAAAGAAUGUGGUAAAGCCUUUAAACAGCAUUCGUACCUUACUAAACAUGGAAGAAUUCAUACCGGAGAAAAGCCACGCAAGUGUAAAGAAUGUGGCAAAGCCUUUUUAUCCCACACUGAACUUUCUUAUCAUCAGGCAGUUUGUACUGGAGAGAAACCUUACAGAUGUAAUGACUGUGGCAAAGCCCUUAUGUGCUCUUCUAGUCUUUCCCGUCAUCGGAGAAGUCAUACUGGAGAGAAGCCAUACAAGUGUGAAGAAUGUGGUAAAGCCUUUAGAGAGUAUGCAUACCUUGUUGUACAUCAGAGCGUUCACACUGGAGAGAAACCAUACAAAUGUAAUGAAUGUGGCACAUCCUUUAAACGGCAAUCACAUCUGUCUCAACAUCUGAGAAUUCACACUGGAGAGAAGCCUUACAAAUGUAAAGAAUGUGGCAAAGCCUUUAGCAAAUCCUCAAACCUUACUCAACAUGAAAGAAUUCACACCAGAGAGAGGCCUUGCAAAUGUUACAAAUGUGGCAAAACCUUUUUAUACCGCUCUGAACUUUCUUACUAUCAGGCAAUUCGUACUGGAGAGAAGCCAUACAAGUGUAAAGAAUGUGGCAGAGCCUUUAUGUGCUCUUCCAGUCUUUCCCGUCAUCAGAGACAUCAUACUGGAGAGAAGCCGUACAAGUGUAAAGAAUGUGGCAAAGCCUUUAUGUGCUCUUCUAUUCUUUAUCGUCAUGAGAGAACUCAUACAGGAGAGAAGCCGUACAAGUGUGAAGAAUGUGGCAAAGCCUUUAGAGAGUAUUCAUAUCUCAUUGCACAUCAGAGAGUUCAUACAGGAGAGAAAUCAUACAGAUGUAAUGAAUGUAACACAUUCUUGAAAUAGCCUAUCUUACCAUGAGACAAUUCACACUAGGGAGAAACUUCAUAAAUGUAAAGAGUGUGACAAAGCCUUCAGCAGUCCUUAAACCAUACUCAACAUAAAAGAAUUCACACUGGAGAGAAGUCUUGCAAAUGUUAUGAUUUGGGAAAACUUUUAACUGGACCUACAUCCUCUCUCAGCACCAGAGUGUACACACUGGACAGAAACUCUGCAAAGGUAUUAAAUAAAAAAUGACUUGUCCUUGACACACACUUUAGAAGGUUCCAGUGUUCAGAAUGGUAAAAAUGUAAAGAUGUAAAAACUACAGUAGUGGAUGUAAUUGGGAGUCUAAAUAUAUGUCAGAGUAUAUGUUCACAGUAGAGCAAUAUGUCGAAACCACUCUGCAAACAUUACUUUAAAUCAGAGUAUUUAGGUGGAUAAACAUCCAAAGUUACUUAGAUGACUUUUUUGUUAUGCAUGUUUUCAAGUUUCAUGGGGUUGGAUGUUUGGACAGGUAUGAUUUUUCAAUGUAUUUAUUUUUAUUGACCUUGCUUGAAGUGUUUUGAAAAGGAAAUAUUAAUGUUUUUCAACUCCCUGAUGACAUUAGGCUAUGCUUUCAUUCCUUGUAUAUAUGGGAAGUCAUGUGUUUGACUGUUGCUGUCUCAGAGACUUGGUAGGCCCUUCUGUAUUUGGCAGAAUUCACUGAUAUCCACUACCCCAUCAGAGUUAAAGAAACACUUUAAUUUACAUUAUAUGAGGAAAAAUCUAAGAUGAGAUACUUAUCUAAAACUGGUAUGUCACCAAGAAAUAAGUGUUUAGGGCAUCUUUGAUUGCAUUUAGUUAAUACAGAGGAACAUACUAAAUUUCAAAAAGUUUUACCAACUACCCUUUAAGAAAAAUAUGGUAGUACAUUAAGACACUCUAUAUCUUCAUAAUUACAAAAGACAGAAUUCAUGAAUAUCUGUUGAUGUGGCUGAAAUAGUGAUCUUCAUGGGUAUAGGUAUUCAGGAAAAUUGUAGAUAAAACUUCCAUAAAGGGCAUGCAUUUUUCACAUUUAUAUUUUCCAAAUAAUUCACCUCAGUGAAUUCCAUGGCUUUGAAAACCAUGCCAGUAACAACUAGAUCAUUAUGUUGAUGCGCAAACAUGCUUCUUGAAUGCCUGUAAUGCAGUGUGUGUGUGUGUGUGUGUGUGUGUGUCUUUUGAGAACAGAUAAGGCAGAUUUAUUGAAAUACCCUUCAAGGGAGCCAGGAGUGAGAUGGGAGAUAUCCUCUGUGCCUCUAUUCUAUAUUUUGACCAAAGAUCAUACCACAAUAUGUUUAUUUAAAUCUUAUGUGAACUUAUGUACUUUAAUAAAACUUUUUCUUU